AUGAUUUAUUGUCACCACUUUCCUCUCCAUCUGAUCACCCUUAGCGUGGCAACGCACCCCUUCGCAGAUAACACACUCCAUAGUCGCUUGAUACAGCUCGUGAUGAAAAACGCUUAAGUGUCAAAUUGCGGUGGUUAGUACUAACGCACUCUUUUGUUCAGCUUCAGAAUGGCCGCUGUUUUUCCUUACUGAUUUAUUUUUAUUUGUCAAAUAUACAUUGAGGGGACAACGCUGAGGUUAAAGUCUACUCCCAGUUAUUCUCCUUUUUGUGGACUCUCUGUCGGGAUCCACAGACUGUCGCUGCUGUCGGUGCUCCUUGGGUGUCUGCUGCUCGCUCAGCUGGCUGCGGCGUAGCUUUCCCCUUCCAACGUCCAACGGAUCGGGUCCGACAGCCGCUGUGAUCGGGCCUACAUGAGUACAUUUAACUGUGCGCGAUAGGAUUCAAACCGCUUGUUCAAACCUUCAAGGGACUAAAAUACUCUAUGUAGAAAGGAAGAACUUUUUUCUGAAGAACUGGGGAUUGUGUGGAGUAAACAGUUGCAUGGCCCAUGGAUUCCACAGUCCAGUUACCUUAAAGGUUUUUUCUUCAGUGGCAUUUUAAGUUCAAAAUUACAAAAGGACUUUGGAUCACAUUGUGUUUAAUGGAUAAUGUUUAAUGUAUGAUUGUGCUCAGGGAUGUUUUCUUUAAAAGCAUCCUUGGCUGUAUGUGGUGCUUUUUACUCCAAAUAAGUAAAAUAAUAAAAGAGACUCCCAUGAGCUACUCUGUAGGAGACCCGAUAGCAUCGACAUGAGUAGUACUUUAGGAAAAGAUAAAGAUUCAAAAGAAAAGGACCCCAAAGGUGGUCCGGCAGGAAAAGAAAGGGAAAAGGAGCCAAAGGCACUGGCAAGCUUGGUCAAGGAUGGCGGCAAAGAAUCAAAGACCAAAGGGAAAGAUGCCAAAGAAGGAAAGAAGGACACCAGCAGUUCAACACCAGGUGUUGCCUUCUCUGUGGAUAACACGAUAAAGCGACCGAACCCAGCACCUGGUACACGCAAGAAGUCCAGUAAUGCUGAGGUGAUCAAAGAACUCAACAAAUGUCGGGAGGAGAACUCGAUGAGACUGGAUCUGUCCAAAAGGUCUAUUCACAUGCUUCCCACCUCCAUUAAGGAGUUGACACAGCUUGCUGAACUCUACUUAUACAGCAACAAGCUGCAGAGUCUGCCUGCUGAGAUGGGUUGCCUAUCAGGCCUGAUAACAUUAGCCCUCAGUGAGAACUCCCUGACAAGUUUACCUGAUUCCCUGGACUCCCUUAAGAUGCUUAAAAUGCUCGACCUUCGGCACAACAAGCUCAGAGAGAUACCGGCUGUUGUCUACCGGCUGACGUCUCUUACCACACUGUAUCUGCGCUUCAACCGUAUCACAACAGUGGAGAAGGACAUCCGAAACUUAUCCAAGCUGAGUAUGCUCAGCAUCCGUGAGAACAAGAUUAAACAGCUUCCUGCAGAGAUAGGAGAGCUUUGCAGCCUUAUCACUCUGGAUGUUGCCCAUAACCAGUUGGAACAUCUACCGAAGGAAAUUGGCAAUUGCACACAGAUAACCAACCUCGACUUACAGCACAAUGAGCUCUUGGACCUCCCCGAGACUAUAGGAAAUCUGGCCAGCAUAAAUCGCUUGGGUCUGAGAUAUAACAGAUUAUCUGCCAUACCCAGAUCAUUAGCCAAAUGUCGAGUACUGGAGGAGCUUAACCUUGAAAACAACAAUAUUUCAGUGUUGCCAGAGGGCCUUCUGUCAAGUUUGGUCAAGCUGACCAGUCUAACAUUGGCCAGAAACUGCUUCCAGUCAUACCCAGUGGGCGGGCCAUCCCAGUUCUCCACCAUCUACUCCCUCAACAUGGAGCACAACCGCAUCAACAAGAUUCCUUUUGGUAUCUUCUCCAGAGCCAAAGUGCUUAGCAAGCUUAACAUGAAGGACAACCAGUUAACAUCCCUUCCACUGGACUUUGGCACAUGGACGAGCAUGGUCGAGCUUAACUUGGCCACCAAUCAGCUGACAAAAAUCCCAGAGGAUGUCUGUGGUUUGGUCUCUCUGGAGGUCUUAAUAUUGUCCAAUAAUCUUCUCAAGAAGUUACCACACAGUAUUGGUAAUCUGAGGAAGCUGCGAGAGCUUGACUUGGAGGAGAACAAGUUGGAAUCUCUGCCUAAUGAAAUUGCCUAUCUUAAAGAUCUACAGAAACUGGUUUUGACAAAUAAUCAGCUGACAACGUUACCCAGAGGCAUUGGCCACCUCAACAACCUGACUCAUCUGGGUUUGGGUGAAAACCUGCUGCAACACCUUCCUGAGGAGAUUGGUACACUGGAAAACCUGGAGGAGCUGUACCUCAAUGACAACCCAAACCUGCAUAGCUUACCAUUCGAGCUGGCCCUUUGCAGCAAGCUGUCCAUCAUGAGCAUCGAAAACUGUCCCCUCAGCCACCUGCCCCCGCAGAUUGUCGCGGGGGGGCCCUCCUUCAUUAUACAGUUCCUCAAGAUGCAGGGACCAUAUCGUGCCAUGGUUUGAGUGGAAGGAAGCUCAAUAUCAGUCCAACUUGAAUCCAAGCACCUCCGAAACCCUGCACGUGUGCUGCGUGGCCUCCUCAUGUAAAGUACAGAGACUUGCCACAGGGUAAGGAAAGGAGAGGGGGAGAAAAAGAGGAAAAAACAUUUUGUCUAACAACCUUUAGCAGGAAUUCGGCAAAUGGGGAGGUGGGACUUCUGUGUAGAUCCAGGAAUUCUCACAUAUGUUUUGGGACCCACACAACACCAUGUUCAUCUCAUU